UCAGCCUAUAUAAGGCUCCCAGUCGGCGCUCUCGAUACACGCGCUUCAACUUCGGUUGGUGUGUGUCGAAGAAACCUGACUACGACCUGAGGAGACCAGCGAAGAGGGACCACCGAGCCUCGCGAAAGGUCCGCUGAGCGGGCUCGCGUCCGGAGCCACUCCGGGCUGCCGAGCACCCAGCGGAGCCCACGCCUGGCACAGGUGUGGGACCUCGUCCUUAGUGUCUUCGCAGAGGAGUCCUCGCGUGGUGAGUAUGCGAAACAAAAAGCUUCUGAAAACCAAAAGGCGAAAGGGUGGAAGAGGAGGCCAGGACCCAGGCCUCCAUCCCCACCGGAGUGAAGCUACACCUGGGAGGUCUCCUCCCACCCCACCUCUCACCCUGGGGCCCGACUGCCCACCUCCUCCUCCUCCUCCUCCCCCCAACGAUCCUGCCUCCCCCUCCAGCUCCCCCUGCAGCGGCCAGAGGGGCCAGUACAACCCCAACCUGGCCGAGCGAAGGCGGGAGGAUCUCUCUGAAGAGAUCAACAACCUCAGAGAGAAGGUCAUGAAGCAGUCUGAGGAGAACAACAACCUGCAGAACCAGGUACAGAAACUCACAGAGGAGAACACCUCCCUCCGCGAGCAGGUGGAGCCCGCCCCUGAGGAGGAGGAAGAUGACAUUGAGCUCUGCGGAGCUGCAGCCGCUGCCGCCCCAGCCACUCCGAUCGAGGAGGAGAGCCCAGAAGACCUUCCCGAGAAGUUCGACGGCAAACCCAGACAUGCUGGUGCCUUCAUGGCCCAGUGCCAGCUCUUCAUGGAAAAGAGCACCAGAGAUUUCUCCGUUGAUCGCGUGCGCGUCUGCUUCGUGACAAGCAUGAUGACCGGCCGUGCUGCCCGCUGGGCCUCCGCCAAGCUCGAGCGAUCCCACUACCUGAUGCACAACUACCCAGCCUUCAUGACCGAAAUGAAGCACGUCUUUGAAGACCCUCAGCGGCGCGAGGCUGCCAAACGCAAGAUCAAGACGUGCGCCAAGGCCAUGGGGUCAGUCAUCGACUAUUCCAACGCUUUCCAGAUGAUCGCACAGGACCUGGAUUGGAAUGAGCCCUGCCUGAUUGACCAGUACCACGAGGGCCUCAGCGACCACACAUCGGAGCUGUCGCGCCUCGAAGUCGCCAAGUCGCUCUCCGCACUGAUCGGCCAGUGCAUCCACAUCGAGAGAAGGCUGGCCCGGGCAGCUGCCGCCCGCAAACCGCGCUCCCCGCCACGUGCGCUGGUGAUGCCUCACGUCAACAGCCACCACCAGGUAGAUCCGACCGAGCCCGUGGGAGGUGCCCGCAUGCGCCUGACCCAGGAAGAAAAAGAAAGACGCCGAAAGCUGAACCUGUGCCUCUACUGUGGGAAUGGAGGUCACUACGCCGACAACUGUCCUGCCAAGGCCUCCAAGGCUUCGCGCGGGAAACUCCCCGGCCCCGCUGUAGAGGGACCUUCAGCGACCGGGCCGGAAUUAAUAAGGUCCCCACAAGAUGAUGCUGCUUCAUCGCCACACUUGCAAGUGAUGCUCCAGAUUCAUCUUCCGGGCAGACACACCCUGUUUGUCCGAGCCAUGAUCGAUUCUGGUGCUUCCGGCAACUUCAUUGAUCACGAAUACGUCGCCCAGAAUGGCAUUCCUCUGAGAGUCAAGGACUGGCCAAUACUUGUAGAAGCGAUUGAUGGACGUCCCAUAGCAUCGGGCCCAGUUGUCCAUGAAACGCACGACCUGAUCGUCGACUUGGGAGAUCACCGUGAGGUGCUGUCAUUCGAUGUGACUCAGUCUCCGUUCUUCCCCAUCGUCCUAGGGGUGCGCUGGCUGAGCACACACGAUCCCAACAUCACGUGGAGCACCCGAUCGAUCGUCUUCGAUUCCGAAUAUUGCCGAUCAUGCCGGAUGUACUCUCCGAUACCACCCCAGCUCCCACCACCAGCACAACCAUCAUUCUAUUACCCGGUGGAAGGAUACAGAGUUUACCAACCCGUGAGGUAUUACUACGUCCAGAAUGUGUACACUCCAGUAGAUGAAAACGUCUACCCAGACCACCGUCUGGUUGACCCCAGCAUAGAAAUGAUCCCUGGAGCACACAGUAUUCCCAGCGGACACGUGUACUCACUGUCGGAACCCGAAAUGGCAGCUCUGCGAGAUUUUGUGGCCCGAAACGUGAAAGAUGGGCUCAUUACUCCCACUGUCGCACCCAACGGAGCCCAAGUUCUCCAAGUGAAAAGGGGGUGGAAACUGCAAGUUUCUUACGACUGCCGAGCUCCCAACAAUUUCACCAUCCAGAAUCAGUAUCCUCGACUCUCUAUUCCAAAUUUAGAAGACCAAGCUCACCUGGCGACGUACACUGAAUACGUACCUCAAAUACCAGGAUAUCCGACCUACCCUGCAUAUGCCACGUACCCGACCUACCCAGUAGGAUUUGCCUGGUACCCCGUGGGGCGAGAUGGACAGGGGCGAUCGCUCUAUGUCCCUGUGAUGAUCACCUGGAAUCCGCAUUGUACCGCCAAGCCACCGGUGCCCCAGUACCCACCGCCACAGCCGCCGCCGCCACCCCCACCGCCGCCGCCACCGCCGUCUUACAGCACCAUGUAAAUACGCAUCAUGUCCUUCAGGAUCUCUGCCCUCGAAAUGAACUCCUGUUUAGCUUCUCAAUCAGUGACUGCGUGCUAAAUUGGGCUAUUGCACCUUCAGACCAACCUGAGGCACAGGUUUUCUCUGA